UACCAAGUCCUAGUCUGAGCUGCCGUUACAUUCAGGAGAAACAGCAGUGUCUGCGGCUCCCACUCUCAGAGGGGACCUAGAGUCCUGGGGGAGAUGGUGUCAGGGACAUGUACUCCAACCCCCAAGGGUCUCUGCUGCCGGCUACUCUUCUCUCCAGGCUCUGGGAUCCUGAGAGCCUAGAGAAGGACUCUGGACAUCCAUCUCUCCGGGAAGAUUAUAACUCAGAGUGCUUCUCAGGGGGAAGAGUUUGAAGCAAAGCCAGACCCCGCAGGAUCCCCGCUGCGGCCACCAUGGCGCAGGAGAACGCAGCUUUCUCUCCCGGGUCGGAGGAGCCGCCGCGACGCCGCGGUCGCCAGCGUUACGUGGAAAAGGACGGGCGCUGCAACGUGCAGCAGGGCAACGUCCGCGAGACCUACCGCUACCUGACCGACCUGUUCACCACGCUGGUGGAUCUGCAGUGGCGCCUCAGCCUGCUCUUCUUCGUGCUCGCCUACGCGCUCACCUGGCUCUUCUUUGGCGCCAUCUGGUGGCUCAUCGCCUACGGCCGCGGCGACCUGGAGCACCUAGAGGACACCGCAUGGACCCCGUGCGUCAACAACCUCAACGGCUUCGUGGCCGCCUUCCUCUUCUCCAUCGAGACAGAAACCACCAUCGGCUAUGGGCACCGCGUCAUCACCGACCAGUGCCCCGAGGGCAUCGUGCUGCUGCUGCUGCAGGCCAUCCUGGGCUCCAUGGUGAACGCUUUCAUGGUGGGCUGCAUGUUCGUCAAGAUCUCGCAGCCCAACAAGCGCGCCGCCACGCUCGUCUUCUCCUCGCACGCUGUGGUGUCCCUGCGCGACGGGCGCCUCUGUCUCAUGUUUCGCGUGGGUGACCUGCGAUCAUCGCACAUCGUUGAGGCCUCCAUCCGCGCCAAGCUCAUCCGCUCACGCCAGACGCUCGAGGGCGAGUUCAUCCCUCUGCACCAGACCGACCUCAGUGUGGGCUUCGACACGGGAGACGACCGCCUCUUCCUCGUUUCACCUCUAGUCAUCAGCCACGAGAUCGAUGCCGCCAGCCCUUUCUGGGAGGCAUCGCGCCGCGCCCUCGAGAGGGACGACUUCGAGAUCGUAGUCAUUCUCGAGGGCAUGGUGGAGGCCACGGGAAUGACAUGCCAAGCUCGAAGCUCGUACCUGGUAGAUGAAGUGUUGUGGGGCCACCGGUUCACAUCUGUGCUCACCCUGGAGGAUGGUUUCUAUGAGGUGGACUAUGCCAGCUUCCACGAAACCUUUGAGGUGCCCACACCCUCAUGCAGUGCUCGGGAACUGGCAGAAGCUGCAGCUCGUCUUGAUGCCCAUCUAUACUGGUCCAUCCCCAGCAGGCUGGAUGAGAAGGUGGAAGAAGAAGGGGCUGGGGAGGGGGCAGGUGCAGGAGAUGGAGCUGACAAGGAGCAAAAUGGCUGCCUGCCACCCCCAGAGAGUGAGUCCAAGGUAUGACUGGUUUUCUCCAACCUCCUGUGGCAGACCAGGGGGCCAGACACAGGUACAUGGAAGCUGCAGAGUGGAGAUGGAAGAAGAGGAGGCAGGCAGUGUCCCAAGGAAUGGCUAAAGUUGGGAGAGGCCCACUGAGUCCAGGAUCCAGUAGUAAAGGACCAGGUCCUGGUUUGAAGAGAAUAGAAGGUUGGGGGUGAGAGAACAUAUCAGUCUGUCUGUGUUUGCCCUUCACAUCUGUACAUGGGUGGAUGGUUGGACAGAGGAUGAGCUCAUAAGGGUUGACUGGGAAGGUGGGGCAAAUAGAGUCAACCAAUGGAUAGCUUGGGUGGUCAAUGGAGUGACAGUUGGUGAACGUCACCUGCAACACACCUUUGUGCGAAAUCUAUAGGCACCCUUUCCUUCCAGAUAUAGAAAGUCUCAAACCAAGAUACAUGGCUUAGGAAGCAGACUGUCAGGUGGAUUGCAGUCCCCACUCACUCCCUAUGUGUGACACGCUUAACUAGACAAAGUGGCCACAGAGAAGAGAGUACUGGGUAGAGGUGGGCACAGAUGGGGAUGCUCUCCCCAGCUUCACUGUUCCAUGGUGAUAAGUCAGAAAGGUGCCAAAGGCCUUAAUCCUCAGGUGAUAGGCAAACAAGCAAUGGGGUGGAUACUGUGCAGGGGCCCUGGAGCAGGACCAGGGGGGAGACCCAAGGACCAACUAUUUUGUGGGAGAGGAAUGAAACCUUGAAGGUACUGUCACGGAAGCAAGAAGGCAGAGAGAGAUUCUGAAGCAGAAGAAAAGCCAUGAGAGAGACUUAAUAAAGGGUUUUAGGAGGGAACCCAGAUCCCUGGGGAAAGUAGCUUAUCCUUGGGGCACAGUGGCAGGGGCUCACUCAGAAUAGUGAUUAAGUGUCAGGUGUGAUAUUCAAAGACCUGGUUGCUAACACAGGAGCACAGCACAGGCGGAGGUCAGAAAUACCCCCAGCAACUGAAGGAAGUGUGGUUCACACUAGGAGCCCACACAAGCGGGUUAUAGCCACAAGUGAGAGGGCAUUAGCAACCAGGAAGCUAAGGAUUGAGUCAGGAAGGGGGGAAUGGUGGGAGUCAGCAUUUACAAAGCUUUACUCACUUAGAUGGGCUUGUUAAAACACAGAUUACCAGCCCCACUCCCAGCAUUCUGACUCAAUAGGUCUGGGACGGAAACCAAAAAUCUGCACGUCUAACUAGUUCCCAGACCUAACAGGUUCCCAGAUCAUGGUGACACUGUCUGUCUGGGGACUACACUUGGAUGAAGCAUCUAAGCAGAGGAGCUGAAAAGCAGCCAAGAAUCCUUUAGGAACAGAGAAAUGAGAAGGGAACUGGGGAGAAAGGACCCAGGUCCAGGCUUGAAGAACUUAUCUUUGGGUCCAAGAACGGAAACGUCAUUGAUAACUGGCCAGUGGUAUCCGAGAGGGCAACAGAGACCGGAGAAGGCCGUUUGGGGACCCCUGAGGAGACAGUAGGGAGCUGCAGCUCAAUGGGUGUCACCACAAAGGACCAACUCUCUUAUAAGACUCACAAGGCAAGAUGGACUAGGGGAGAAAAUGGAGCCUAUUCUUGCAGGUGUCUGCUGUCUGCCACCUGUCCUGCCAGGACAGGGAACCCUGGAGACACUUACAUCCCAUCUCCACUGCAUCCUGGUCUUGGACCAGUCAUCUUGGGAUGCUGAGGGGAGAGCAAGGCAUGGGACCUGAGGCUGGCCCCCUGGAGCUAAGUGUAGCUCAAGUGAUGGGACCGGUUCAAACCUUGGCCCUGGCUAUACCCAUCCCUGCCCUUCAAUAAGUCUGCUGCUGUAUCCCAGGCUGAGAAGCCUGCAUCCAACGGGGCACUGUGCCUCCCUUCCAGUGUGCAUCUCAGCGUGGGUCCACUCAAAAGAGGACUCAAGCUGUCUGUUGCCUCUCCCCUUCUGUCUAGCAAUGGACUCAGGUUUCAGGACCAGCUGGGUCACUCUCAAAAAUAAAGUCCGUGAACAUGUA